AUGGAGAGAUGGGGUCUGCUCACGUGCCUGGUCCUGGCCACCUGCAUCUCCUGGACCCAGUCACAGGCGGUGGGCGUGGGCGACGACACCCCGGCCCCCGCCACCCCAGACUCCGGUGUGAAUACCACCGCUCCGCAGACCCUGGCAGAGAAGCAGUACCAGAAGGCCAUCUCCAUACGGGACUCAGCAUCCCCCAGCAAGGAGGACCUGGCCACGGCGGUGAAUCUGCUGCUGGCCGCCGCGGGGAUCGACGCCAUCCAGGUCGCCCCCGGACGUGGCCGGGCGGCCGGCACGGGUCCCCCCCAGGCCAGGGAUGCGCCGGUCACCGCAGCGGAUGUGAGCAUCGUCCCCACCCCCAACGCCGGGGCACCCCACAAGGAGGCCCUGCGCGAGCUCAUCUACGUGUACCUGGAGGGGGACGGCGUGCCCUACAACCCCGCCAUCGCCGACGCGCUGCUGCAUGUGCUGGCCGACGCCGGGUCGGCGGAGGCCGGCGCAGACGUGGGCCUGCACACCUCGCUGGGGGUGCGGCUGGUGGGCCCCAACCCGCGCGGCGCGCUGUUCGCGCUGUCCGCGCCGGACCUCCCCGCCGCGCUUGCGCGGUACCAGCUGGCGGCCAUGGCUGGCGACGGCGCGGCGCAGAUGGCGCUGGGCCACCGCCACCUGCACGGGCUGGGCGUGCCGCGCUCCUGCGAGGCCGCCGCGCUGUACUACAUCCCCGCCGCCGGCGCGGCGGUCCUGCACUACCAGUGGUUUGCGGACUUUGGGCACGUGGAGGCCGCGCGCGCGGUGGCGCUGGCGCUCGCCCGCGGCGGCGAUGCCGACAUGGUGCGCGCCGUCGGCUACCUGCGCCAGUCGGCGGAGGCGGGGGACGCGGAGGCGCAGGCGCACCUGGGCCACGCCUACGCCGGCGGCGUCGGGGUGGCCCGUGACAACGCCACCGCGGCCCACUGGUUCAAGCAGGCCGCCGAGAAGGGUCAUCCGAGCGGGUACUUUGGUCUGGGGUAUAUGCACCUCGAGGGAUCAGUGGAGGGCGCGUCCCUGCAAAGAGCCUUUUCCUACUUCAGGCAGGCGGCUGACGCGGGAGUGAUGGUGGGCCAGUGGCCCGGGCACGCAGACGCUCACUUCUUCCUAGGCAUGAUGCACCUGCGGGGGAUGGCGGUCGCCCCCGACAUGCAGCGCGCGGUGCACCACCUGGGCGUGGCGGCGCGGCGCGGGCACAUCCUGGCCGGCUACGACCUGGCCAUGCUGCACCUGGGGGGGCACACGGGGUCGCGGGCCGCCUGCCCCGACGCGGUGGCCCUGCUCAAGGAGGUGGCGGAGCGCGGCUGGCCCACGCUGCAGGAGGCGCAUGAGGAGUGGCUGCGCGGCGAGCCCGAGUGGGCCCUGCUCAACUACCUCAAGGCCGCGGAGAUGGGGCGCCUGUGCAGCUAG